CCGCGGGGCCGCGACCGCUGCAGUGCGUCCGCCGCACCGCUUGGGGCCAGCGCGGGCGGACGGAGGAGGCCGAGCCCGAGCCCGCGAGAUCCCAAACCGUGCGGAACGAGGACGCGGUUCGUCCCGGAGCCCAGCAUCAACAUAUGGAGCUGAUCCUGAGUUCCAGCCCAGCUGAGCUGACUCUGGAUCCUGCAUGCCAGCCAGAGUUGACCCUGAGAUUCAACCUGACCAAGCUAACCCUGGAUCCUGCACGCCAGCCAGAACUGACCCUGAGCCCCAGGCUAGCUGAGCUGACCCCGGAUUCCACAUGCCAUCGGGAGAUGACCCUCGGUCCUGGCCCAGCUGGGCUGACGCUGGAUCCUGAACAGCAGCCAGAGGAGACCCCAACCCCUAACCUGGCUGAGCUGACCCUGGAGCCUGUGCACUGCCGACCUGAGCUCCUGGACGCGUGUGCCGACCUCAUCAAUGAGCAGUGGCCCCGCAGCCGUGCCUCCCGCCUGCACUCCCUGGGCCAGUCCUCAGACGCCUUCCCCCUCUGCCUGGUGCUGCUGCGCCCCGGCCACACACCGCAAGCAGUCCCCACUGUGGUGGGCCAUGCCCGUCUGUCGCGUGUGCUGGACCAGCCCCAGAGCCUCCUAGUGGAGACAGUGGUGGUGGCCCGGGCCCUGAGGGGCCGUGGCUUCGGCCGCCGCCUCAUGGAGAGCCUGGAGGUCUUUGCUCGGGCCCGGGGCUUCCGCAGGCUGCACCUCACCACCCACGACAAGCUGCACUUCUAUGCCCACCUGGGCUACCGGCUGAGCAAGCCCGUGCAGGGCCUGGCCUUCACCAGCCGGCGCCUACCGGCCGCCCUGCUCAGCACCUUCUCCAGGGCCCCUCCCCUUCGGCCGCCCUGCAAGGCUCCCAGCCUGCCGGUGCAAGCUGCCCCAAGAGGCCCGAAGGCACCCCCAUUGCCGCCACCACCCCCUCCGCUACCUGAGCCCUUGACCACCUCACCCCUGCCUUCAGCAGCGUCCCCCUCAGAAAGUCCGCUGGGGACGCAGUACCACGACCUGAAGGGAUGCCCCAUAUUCUGGAUGGAGAAAGACAUCUGAGAGCACCAGGCCGAGACAGUUUCUGGGCACCUGGACUGCCUGGCACAGUACCGGCCACAGCCCACAGUCCACACCUCAGUCCCUAGCCCCUGGGGGGCAGCUCUAGCCUGGACGUGUUUCCAGACGCCAGGAGGGCCAGGAGCUGGCUCUGUAGCUCUGGCUCGGAGCCGUCCAUGUGGCUGAAUAAAGGCUUCCACCAGG